AUGUCAGCACAUAAGGGUUCGAGGAAAUGGUGCUUCAGAGGAACCCACGGUGUUCAGUGUACAGAAAGCAGCUCUUCCAAGACAGCUCAGUCUCGGUGGUCCGUCGCUGGCUGUCAGCACGAGAUCCCAGCUCCUUGCCAUGCUGAUCCCAACACAGGCUGCUGGAGUGUCCUCAGGACCUAUGGCUGGCAUCCCCCAAACUGGGCCAGCCACGUUGUUUUGAAGGUGACCUUGCCCAGAGCAAGAUCAAGUUUCAGUUUGACAGACAGGUGGGCAGCUUCACUGAUUCCCAUGCUCUCAGGUUUGUGCCUUUGCCAAAUUCAACAUCAUCACCUCAUACGUAGAGCAUGA